CAACAAACUAAUAAACAACAAACCAAUGACGUCAGCAAGCGCUCAGCGAUUUGAUUGGUUGGAACACUCGUGAGGUCACAGGUUCACUUCCGUGUCACGCAGCUAGCAUGGCGGAUAAAGAGAAGAAGAAGAAGGAGAGCAUCUUCGACUUGUCUAAAUACAUCGACAAGCCGAUUCGUGUGAAGUUUCAAGGAGGACGAGAAGCCAGCGGUGUCCUGAAAGGUUUUGAUCCUCUGUUGAACCUGGUGCUGGACGGGACGAUCGAGUACAUGCGGGAUCCAGAUGACCAGCUAAAGCUGACAGAAGACACCAGGCAGCUGGGGCUGGUGGUCUGCAGAGGAACCUCCGUAGUGCUCAUCUGUCCUCAGGACGGCAUGGAGGCUAUACCAAACCCGUUCGUACAGCAGCAGGACGGCUAGCAGUCUGUCACUCGCUUCAUUACAGUCACACACACACACACAAAUACAACCAUGCACACACUUGAACAUUUUGUGGUGUUUUUUGUUGUUUUCAUUUUUUAAAAACAUAACCGUAAUCAUUCGUCCAACAGAGCAAAUUUCUGUUAAAAAUCAUAAGUUGAUCAGUGAAAGCACUUCACUUUUGUUUCUUGGUGUGCAAGUUUGCAAAGAUUUGAGUUGUAAAGAGCCCACAAGUUUGAGAAGUGUUAACAGUACCAUUUUCUUUUUAUCCACAAUAAGAAACUUUUUACUAUUCUUUGUUGUUUUUGAUAAGAAAAUAAAAUGUAUGUUGUAAAAUGUG